UCAUACAGCCACAGAAAGAGGUUGGAUUGAUUUCUAACUUUUCUGCCUUCAUAUCAUCAUUGCCAGAGCAGCUACAACUCACCAUGUCAAUGGGAAUGGAAAUUGGGGGCAUCGCCCUUGGUUUAAUAGGCUGGAUCAUUGCUAUUGUUACCUGUGCUCUGCCUAUGUGGAAGGUGACGGCUUUUAUUGGAGCUAACAUUGUCACGGCACAAGUCAUCUGGGAGGGCAUCUGGAUGACCUGUGUGGUUCAGAGCACUGGACAGAUGCAGUGUAAGGUGUACGACUCCAUGCUGGCUCUUCCUCAGGACCUUCAGGCAGCCCGUGCUAUGUGCAUCAUCUCCAUCAUCCUGGGUGUGCUGGCCGUAAUGAUCUCCAUCAUGGGUGCAAAGUGCACCAACUGCAUUGAGGAUGAGGCAUCCAAGGCAAAAGUCAUGAUUGUCUCUGGCAUCUGCUUCAUCAUCUCCGGCCUCCUGACACUUAUCCCGGUGUCCUGGACCUCCAACACCAUCGUUCAGGAUUUCUACAACCCAAUACUGACGUCCGCUCAGCGCAGGGAGUUGGGAGCAUCGCUGUACAUAGGCUUUGGGGCUGCUGCCCUUCUCAUCAUUGGAGGAGCUUUGCUGUGCUGCACCUGUCCACCACGGGAGAACAGGUACAAGCCCCCAACAAAAGCCUAUACUGCUCCUCGCCCAGUCAGUGGCUACGGGAAGGACUAUGUAUGAAAUUCUAUAAAAGACAGGUAAAGAUUUAAUCAAGGAAGACAAAGAAUCUUCUGAGUAGACUCCGAGAUGAAGGGCUGUGUUAUGCUGUUUCAUAUUUGCUUUGUGCUGUGGUUGCUGUGUGCUUUUGGAGUUGCUUUUAAGAAUGUACCUGUUGAAUGAGGAUUUGCAAUGUGAAAUUAGGUUAUUGUAUAAUAGUAUAAUAAUACUGUUGCUUUGAAUAGAACUAGUUAAAUUUUUAUAUAAGUUUUAGUCUCUUCUCUUCAGAACCUUGCUAUAAUGCUAUAACUUUAAUCAAGAAGGAAGUACACACUGCGUCUCUUUGGUUUUUUUUUUUUGUUUUGUUUUUUUUU